GCGGCGUCCGAGUCCCACCGCCGCGUCGACAGGGUGGCUGCCAAGAAGACCCUGGUGGCCACGGUGCUGAAGCACACGCAAGCGGCUCCGGACCUGAUGCUGAGCCAUCAGAUCCGCAUGCUCAGCAGCUCGCGGAAGAACGUGGCGCAGGUGGCGGUCAUCAACGCCAAGGUGCCUGAGGUGGAUAACGCCUUGGGCACUGCCCACGAUCCCAUCAUCGGGCAAAUGCGUCGCAGCUACGGCACCACAGGCUCCGUGCAGGUUGUCGAGCUCGAGGCGAACGAGACCCGGCAGCAGGAGUUGAUGCAGAAGGUGUUCUCCGUCCGCCAGGGCAGCACGGCAGCCUUCGCGAAGAAGUUCUUCAAGCAGAGCCUUACAUCUCCGGAAAGGAAGCGCCACAUGGCUUAUUUCAAUGCCAUGAUGCAGUUCAUCGAUCUCUGCAGCCAGGCCGAGUACGGCGUGGAGAUCUGCGUCAACAUGCAGGGGGAGUCUUUCCUGCACAGGCAGACCAAGAAGGGUUUGAUCGAGCUUGCCAGCGAUCUGUUCGACGAAGACGAGGAGGUUGUGGCACUGCAGCCUCCGUCCUACUGCGACUACACGCAGGCUCACCACAGGCCGGCGUGGGCGAAGAAGGACCAGUGGACCAACAGCAGCUUCACGAAGUGCACCGCCAACGCGACCAAGACCAAGCCAGAGGCCGGCCCCGACAACAUGCUCUUCAACCGCCAGCGCCUGAUGGCAGCGCUGCCGCUUAGCGUGAAUACGGAUGACCUGGACCUCGACAAGGGCUUCGACCACGCGCUCUUGGCGGGACUGUCGGGCGCUGGGGCGAUCAAGGGCAUGCAGUGCGGUCACUCUUUUGUCAUCAGGCCUGCCGGCGAGGAGGCCAAGUGCAAGGGCAAGAAAAACUCGCUUAAGUCCCAGGCGCUCGUCGCCGGCAAGUUCGCGAAGUCUGAGGAUGCCAGCCGAUUCUCUGGAGAGUACGGCUCCUUCAACCAGAGGGUUGUCCAGGGGAUCGAGGUGUUGGCGGACCGCAUGGAGAGAGGGAUGAUUCCCGGCCCGACCGGCAGCGUGGGAGACAAGUGCCUGGAGAUGUGCCCGUCCGACGCUCGCAUCAAGGAGGGCAUGGCGUGGUGA